AUGCUGCAGCGGCUGUGCGAGUACGGCGCGUUGCAGGUGCCUGAGUUUGACUCCGACUCCGCUUACCUUGCAGCCAAAGACGUGCUGGUGUACCUCAAACACUACGGCUACCUCGUCUCUGCCAUGACCCUGAGCGCCGCAAUCCUCCGCAAUGUCGAACUCGUAGGUCUCGACUUUCGCCAGCAUUGCGUACCGUGCAUGAACGCUAUCACCCAGCUCGUCGACUACCUCAUCAAUGCGCAGCUUCGCAAGAUGCAGCUACCGCCACGCGUGGUGCGGCUCAGCGAGCGACUGCGUCUGUCCGCGAAGGCUGCCCGCACACUUGAGUACCUGCUGGUGUGCCACUGUGGCCGCUAUGCGCCUGGCAACAUCGCCGAUCCCCUGCGGCCGGCGAGCAUUGCAUACCACAACGAGCUCACCCCACAGGAGCUGUUGUCCAUUCUCUCAGAGAGUGGCGUGCUGUGGAAACAAGGGCUGAUCUUCUCGGACAUAAAGAUGCGCACCACCUUCAUGGAGUGCAAGUACGCGCUGCCGAUGGAAACGAUUGCCGCCUUGAGUGGUGAUCGGCUCUCGGAGGAGCAGCUCAUCAAGCUGGAACGCACCGCGUUGUUGGAGGUACUGAGCGAAGAACAGCACGCAAAGACGACGAACACCGCGGCUGCCUCGCCGACUCCGCGAACAGAGAAGCACGUUGGUGGAAGAAGCUCUGUGUCGCCCUCACCAAAGCGCGACGAUGAGGAGGGCGAUGUGAUCGAUGAGGAGGACGACAACACCGACGCGGAGAGCGCGAUCACGCCAGACGAGGAGGCGCUUGAAAAUGUGGUGGAUAAAAUUGACCCGAGCGUGCUGACUUCGAAAGACCAGGACACGCUUCACGAAGCCGUGUCACACCACCUCCGCAAUGCCCUCUCUAGCAGCACCGCCACACCAUUCGACGGCUGUACCACGGUUGCAGCAGCUGCGAAGAACGCCGCUGUGGCAGAGACAGAGGAGGCAGUGAAGGACGGCGAGAGAAGCAAGGAAGAGCUGGUGAUAGUGACACCGUCUACAACCCCCACGGCGCUGCCGGCAUCAAGUGUGGCAGAGAUCACGCAACCGCCGGAGGGCGUCGGCGAGGCGACGACAGCGACGUCUGCACCGCGCAAGGCACGCCUCGUCCUUGCCGACAUCAACCCCCUCGCUCAGCGUUAUCGCAACACUGGCACCGGCGUGGGAACGGCAGUGGCGGCGACGUCCUCGUCACCAUCUACCACGGCGCACACGGACUCGUCCAUGCGCGGAGUGCCCUAUGAGUCCGACAUCGAGUACAUGGACGCCGCCUUUCGCAUCCUCGCCAACAUGAUUCGCAUCCGCUACGCGGAGGGUGACAUGAAGGACGAGGAGGACUCCUACACUCCGAAGUCCAAGGUGGAGGCGUCGAUACGUGAGUUGAAGGGCAAAGUCCGCGUCGCAGCGGCGGUGCACGAGUCACGGCUGCAGGCCACUCUCGCGACGCGCGCCUUCACCCCGCGCGUCGAACAGCUCGCCCAGCGGCUUCAGCUGACGGAGAUGGAGAAGCAAAUUAUGUUGUUCAUGGUCGGGAACGUCAUUUCUCAUGACAUGCUGGUGGCGGUGAAUGGACGCUACGUUAUGCGGGACGGGCAGCGGCUCAUCACGGUGGGGUACAUGCUCUUCGUCCUCUGCGAGUCGCUGGAGGAGCGUGUAGUGGCGCGUCGCGCCUUUUACCAGUCCUCCCCGCUCGUGUCCAACGGCGUGCUGUCGCUCACACUCGACUCAGUCGGCCGCUCGUGCUUCAACACGGACCUAAUGGACUACCUUGUCGACAUCGAUCGAAAAAUUGUCGACGAUGUCAUGGGCAUCACCGCCGAAACCGCGGAGAUGGUGCCUGGGUCGCAGUUGUACUUCCCGGAGGUAGAGCUGGCCAACGUGAUGUUGCCCACCGCCACGAUGGACCGCGUCCUCUCCACCAUUGAGCACUACAGCCUGUUUGAGCAGUGCAAGAAGGGCAGCGGCUUCGGCGACGGCCUCGGCACCAGCAAAGGUGGCCUCGUCAUGCUCUUCCAUGGCCCGAGUGGCACCGGCAAGACGAUGCUCGCCAACGCCGUGGCGCACCACCUGCGCAAGAAGAUUCUUCUCGUCAGCGUAUCGCAGUUUCGCUCCUCGACGAAGUCGGAGUCCGACGCGCUCCGCUUUCUCUUCCGAGAGGCGAAGCUGAGUGAUGCCAUCUUGUUCUUCGACGAGUGCGAGUCCCUUUUCGAGGACCGCACGAGCAACGGCACCGUGACGGCGCUCCUCUCCGAGUUUGAGCGGUACGAGGGCCUCAUCAUCCUCGCCACCAACCGCGCGCAGAACUUCGAUGAGGCAAUGAACCGGCGCGUCUCGCUCAUGAUGGAGUUUCGCCCGCCAGACCAUCAACUGCGGCUGCGCAUUUGGAAAUCGCACAUCCCAAGGCAGCUGGCGGUGAACGCAGACGUGUGCCUCGAGAAGCUCGCGCUCAACUACGAGCUCUCCGGCGGGCUCAUCCGCAACGCCGUCCUGGCCGCCUUGAGCAAGGCGGUGGCGCGCGAGAAAUGCGCUGCACCAGAGCUGACAAUGAGCGACCUCGACGAAGGCGCUCGACUGCAGCUGCGUGGCUUCUUCCUCGCCGCAGAGCUGCCGGAGGGAAUGAGCGAGUUCUACCUAACCCCGAAGCGCACGCUUGCCGAGCUUGUGGUGGAGUCGAGUCUCACCAAGAAGCUGGAGGGGAUCGCAAGCAGCGCCAAAAGCCGCAACACCUUGUACACCGACUGGGGCUUCAGCGAGGAUGCCAACGAUGACUGCGGGACGCUGUACCUCUUCCAGGGCGUGAGCGGCACGGGCAAGUCGCUGGCCGCGGAGGCCAUCGCCUACGAGUGUGGUGCCACCAUCCGCCUCUGCAACGUAGCGGAACUCCUUCUCCGGGAAGAGAUGCGGGUGCAUGCCGUCUUUGAGGAAGGGCGCCGCCUCGGCGCCAUCAUCGUCUUUGACGAGGCGCAGGUCCUCUUCAACGAGUCCCCGAAAAGCUUGCAGCUCUCUCAGCUCAUCCAGUACCAUGCACGUCGCUAUCCGAGACCCGUCAUUGUCAUCGCCACAACCGCGAGCCGCAACGGUGGUGGUGGCCGGCACCUUUUCUCCACCACGAGCAUUAACUCACACUCGUCGUGCAUGCUCUUCCAGUCGGAACUGAUCUUCGCACUGCCCAGUCGGCCCCUGCGCGAGCAGCUGUGGCGAAAGGCCUUCCCAGAGCGUGUCCCAACGGCCAGCGACGUCGACUACAGUCGCCUCAGCACCACGAGCAUCUCACCUAAGCUGAUCCGCACGAUAGCCUUCAAUGUCUGCUGCACCGCGGCGCUGCUGCCAGUGUCAGAGCGAGUUGUGACGAUGGCUAUGAUCGAGGCGGAGAUGGAGAGGACAAUGACGCGGGAGCGCAGCGCCGUCUCGACGAGCGCCAUGUUUGCGUAG